AUGAUGAGCAGCAGGACGAGUGCGAUUGUCGCCGGGGUAUGUGGAGUAGUGUUUGUAGCCUAUUGUUUUUACUUUGACAAAAAGCGACGGAGUGAUCCAGACUUCAAGCAGAAACUACGCGAACGUCGAAGAAAACAGAAAACAUCCACAGAGAAGUCUGGACUGGCAAAGCUUCCAGAUCUUAAAGACGCUGAAGCUGUUCAGAAGUUCUUCCUGGAGGAGAUCCAGCUCGGAGAAGAGCUGCUGUCUCAAGGUGAAUUUGAGAAGGGUGUAGACCACCUGACCAAUGCCAUUGCAGUAUGUGGCCAGCCUCAGCAGCUUCUCCAAGUGCUUCAGCAGACCCUGCCCCCUCCAGUCUUCCAGAUGCUGCUCACAAAGCUCCCCAGUAUCAGCCAGCGUAUCAUCAGUGCCCAGUCUUUAUCAGAAGAUGACGUUGAAUGA